AUAAUUUAUUUGCCCCAACGAUAAGAUAAAUAACAUACCCCGAGUUCAUUUUACACAUACGGUAAAGCGUAGAGAGAUCGAUAGAUCAGAAAAGAUGGCAUUCGCAACCAAAUCAGUUUCUUCUUUCGCCAUCAUUUUCAUCCUCGUUUUGGUUAUCUUUGAAGUGCCGGAGAUAGAAGCGCAGGAUGACGAGUGCCUAAAAGAAUACGGCGGCGAUGUGGGUUUUAGCUUCUGUGCGCCUGAGAUAUUUCCGUCGUUUUGUUAUACAAAUUGCCGUAAGGACAAGGGCGCACUAGGUGGAACAUGCAUUUGGGGUGAUUCUGAUGUUAAAUGCUUAUGCGACUACUGCAGCGACAUACCUAAUGGCAAGAUUCUACGUGGUGGAAUUUGAAUCCUGCAUGUGUAAUCAUGGUUUGUGUAAUAAUAUACGUGGAAAAGUUCCAAGUACCAUGUAAAUGGCGAAUAUGUGAAAUAAAAAGCCCGAAGUAAUGAGGCUCCCAUGGUUUGAAGA